AUGUCAGGCGUGAGCGACACGUGGUUUGCGGCGUUGCGCGACGUUGGCAGCGACACGGCCGUCGGCGACGUGGACGAGACCUGGCUCUCAGCGCUGGGCGCCACGAGCGAUGAAGCUGACGCUGGGCAGGAGCUGCCGCAGCCAAGUGGAGCCGACUGGUUGGCAGACGUGGAUGCCCUCUCGCGCGACGACUGCCCUGUCGACGGCGACGUGGACGACAAGCCCGACCAUGCAGGGGAGUUGGUCGCCGCAGAGGUGAAGAAGGAUGUCUACUGGGCAUCGCAUGCUUGCAGGCACGUUCCCGACAAUGACCUCGACGAAUCAGCUCUCAAGGUAGCCACAGAACUGAUGGAUCACAACCCGCUUACAGGACGGAUCACCGCCAACGCGCGCUAUCUCGACGAGGACCGCCGCACCUACAGGGACACGCUGAAGAUCAUGGCAGUGUGUGCGUUUCAG